AUGAUGAAUUUACUUAGAGAUAGUAAAGGCAGCGAUGAAGAGAGUAAAGAAAAUCUAAGUUUGCCAAAAGACAUGAUAUACGAUAUCAUGCUUCGUCUUCCCGGAAAAUCCAUCUUCAGAUUCAAGUGCGUGUCCAAGACACUUAACACUUCAAUACUCUCCGACCCUUUAUUCAUUCACAACUAUUUCACUCCAAAACUCCAACAAAAACAACUAAAAAAACCGACCCUGCUAGGCUUUUUCUACAGAGUCCACAAUCCUCAAAACCUCAAUCACUGUGUGGACCAAUGUUACAAGGAUCCAGAGGUCUCUUUCGAACCCAUGUGUCAUCAAGGUGUGCCUAUAGCAUCCCGUAGUUUUAAACAAGGUCUAGGCAAUUUCAUUGCUUCUUCCAAUGGUCUCGUUCUCUAUGGUAACCAUCCCAUGAACUAUUAUGUGUGCAACCCUGUUACUAAUACUUGGUUUGCACUUCCUCCACCCAUACAUACUGAUGACUAUUACACUGAAGUUCCUCAUAAUGUGUAUGCCAGUGAUGACACGAUAAAGAACUUAGUUGGAUUUUAUUGCCAAGAAGAAGAUGAACAAUUAUCGCACCAUGAUAUCGACGUAGAUGCUAUUACUAAUUACAUACGUCAAAGUUACAAGGUGGUACGGUUUUUUGUGAAGCAAGCUAUUAACAAUGACUGGGAAAUGGUGGUGAAGAUUUACUCUUCUGAUACUGGAAUCUGGAAAGAAUCCAAGCUUGACUAUUUUGGAAUGCCGCUAUAUCAUGUACUAGCUAUGAGCUCAUAUAGCAUCUCUAUACGUGGGGUCUUCUUUUGUUCAACAACCAUUUCAACAGGAAUGCUGAUUUUCGCCUACGUAUUUAACAUGGCGAAGGAUGGCCUCGACGUGUUGAUUGAGGGACCUUCUUCAUCACACAUUAAUGGAAAAGCCUAUGGGGCUAUUGGGGAGUCAGAUUUGGGGUUUCUUCAAUGUGUUGUAGGCCAUGAUGAAAGAUUUGAGGUAUACAUGUUGAAACAGAAACUGCAUAAUUAUUUUGACAAGGAAUGUUACCCUUUUGUCUACAGGUCAGAAUGGACAUUGAGGCGUAGAGUGAGUACUAAUGCUAUUACUAACACUCUGUCUCCAUCCAAAAGAGGAACUUUUCCUGUUGCAUUCCAUGCUCAGAAUUCGCAUAUUUUGUAUCUCAGAAUAGGGAAUCAGAUCAUUUGCAUUGAUAUGCAAAGUGGGAGACUGGAUUUUGUCCCUUACGAUCAUUCCCAUGGCUUGAUUUGCUGUUCCUGUUGCUAUUUGUUGGAGCCCUUUUUUCAUAACCUGGAGUCAUGGCCUUUGUCCCCUUUGCCUCGGCAAAAUUGA